CUUUUAUUACCAAACUUUUCUCGUUUCUUCCAUUGAAAACCAACGGAUUUUCAUCUUCCACCUCUCUCUCUCUGUAACAGUAUAUUCACACGCACCAUAUAUAUACACACACUUACACAUGUCCUCUUUCUAUUCUCCUUUUCUUCUUCAUACUCCUUCCCAUUUUUGCUUCCUCUUCUCUUCCGAACUACCAUGCUCUGCAACAUCAUCCCUAUUUCCAAACACAUAAUCAUCUUUUCAUCAUCAAUACGCCCCGUUUUAUGAUCUGGUGGCUUCGUUUCAAGAGAAAAAUUGGAUUUUGACUUAUUCCCGGUGGUUAAAGUGUUGUUGUUGUUGUUUCCCUGAAGGGGUUUUUCAUGGGUUGAACUUUGAUAAUUAUGGGUAGUUUCAGUGGAGAUGAGGAUUGUCAGUUUUUUGAUGCUCAAGAGGAUGUUGUGUCAAUUGGCUAUGCAAAUUCUGAUGAUGAUAAUGAUAAAAGUGUUUCUGUUGAUUUUGAUUAUGAUGUGUGGAUUCGGAGUCCGAGGAGUGUGAGAGAGCGUAGGGGGGAGUUUAUGAAGAGCAUGGGAAUGAGUUUAGAUGGAAUUGUUGUUGAAAAUUCAUUUGAUGUUGAGAAGGAAGAGAUGAUAGAUAGAGUAAGAGGAAGUAGUGGUUUUGAAGAGGAAUUUAGUUCGAGUGGGUUGUUGAUGUCUUGUUGCUCUAGUGUGAGUUUUUCAGAGGAGUUUGGUUUAGUGGAGAGUAAUAACUUGCCAUGUAAAGAUGAAAGUUCGGAGAUAGGAGUAGGGACUAAUGUGAAUGUGAAUGAUGGUUCAGAUCAUUUGGUGGUUGCUAAGAAAUCUGAGGAUUCCGUGAAUGUUAAUGUUUCGGGGGCGUCUCCUUCUCAAGGAUUGGUAGGUAGAGAUUUUGAGGAUUCGGAUGGUGAUGCGGUUACUGGAAUCUUAAAUAGGGUGAGAAGGGGUUGGUUAAGAAGAUUGAAAUCGAUGACGUGUAUGGUUGAUACGCAGGGGGAAGGUGAUGAUUAUAAUGGGAGAGGAGAAGGGAGAAUGUCAGUCUCAGGGUGUAGGCUUCAGAAAAUAAAGGUCCGUCAAAGUAAGAAAAAAAUCAAGGAGCUUUCGUCACUUUACUUGAGGCAAGAUAUUCAAGCGCACGAAGGUUCAAUUUUGGCAAUGAAAUUCAGUCCCGAUGGGCAGUAUCUAGCCACUGGCGGCGAAGAUGGCGUAGUUCGUGUGUGGCAAGUAGUUGAGGAGGAUAGAUGUAAUGAAGUUCACAUUCCAGAAAUUGACCCUUCAUGCAUUUACUUUACGGUAAAUAAUCUUUCUCAAUUGACACCAUUGUUUAUGGAUAAGGAAAAACUUAGCCAACUGAAGAGCAUGAGAAAAACAUCAGAUUCUGCUUGUGUUGUUUUCCCGCCUAAGAUCUUCCGGCUGUUGGAAAAACCAUUGCACGAGUUCCGUGGUCAUGGAAGUGAAGUUCUGGAUCUAUCUUGGUCAAAGAAGAAUUAUCUUCUCUCGUCGUCAGUUGACAAAACUGUCCGACUAUGGAAAGUGAAUCAUGAGCAUUGCUUGAAAGUGUUUUCACACAGUAAUUAUGUAACAUGUAUACAAUUCAAUCCUGUCGAUGAAGAUUAUUUCAUUAGCGGAUCCAUAGACGGGAAAGUGCGAAUAUGGGCAAUUCCUGAUUGUCAGGUUGUUGAUUGGACUGAUGUUCUAGAUAUAGUGACUGCAGUAUGUUAUCGGCCCGAUGGACAGGGAGGCAUUGUUGGUUCUUUGGCGGGAAAUUGUCGGUUUUAUAAAAUAUCAGAUAACCACUUGCAGUUAGAUUCUCAACUAUGCUUAGUUAGUAAAAAGAAACUUCCUGGCAGAGGGAUAAUGGGCUUUCAGUUUCUUCCUCAAGAUUCCAACAAAGUUAUGGUUACCUGUGCCGAUUCACAAGUUAGAAUCCUUGAUGGGCUUAAUGUGAUUUGUAAAUACAAAAGCCUUAACACAGGGAGCCCAAUGUGUGCAUCCUUUACUUCAGACGGGAAACAUAUUUUAUCAGCAUGCGAGGACUCAAAUGUAUAUCUAUGGAACAUUGACCAGGAAGAGUCUAAUGCGACGAAAUCUAAGAAAAUCAGGUCAUGUGAGCGUUUUUUCUCAAAUGCAUCCGUUGCAGUACCUUGGCAUGGUUUGAAACCUCAAAUUACUGAAAAUGAACAACUGAAUGUCUCGGAUAAAAAAUCAGCUCAAGUUGCUAUACAAUUACACUCCACUCCACCUGCAUCUUUCUCUUUGGGCCAAGAGUUUUUCUUGGAGUCUUUUCCAAAGGGAUCUGCUACCUGGCCCGAGGAGAAGCUUCCUGUUUCGAGCUCCAAGGCUAAAAAAACAUCAUUUAUGAAAAACUCCGAAUACAAGUUCUUGAAAUCUUCUUGCAAAAGCACCAACCGUGCUCACGCGUGGGGUAUGGUUAUCGUGACUGCAGGCUGGGACGGGAGGAUAAAAUCAUUCCAAAAUUACGGGUUACCUGUACCGGUUUGAAAUGAAGUGUGACUUUUCCUAGGCUGGGAAAAAGUAUCAAGAUUCAUUACUUUGUUGGACGGCAUUUCCUGCUGUAACUACGAGGUGCAGUUAAAGAUUUUCAAAUCAUUGGCCGAGAUUGUUUAAAACUAAUUGAGUGUAACUUCAUGAUGUUUGAAGUGAGGGGAAUCCAGAUCCAAAGUUAUUGGAGGCUUGAGAGUAAUGUCAAAUCGGGCAGCAUCAGGUAACAAAGCAAAGCAGUUUGAGGUCAAAACCAUGUGCAAAGGAACAUAAGAUUAUUGAGAUUAAUGACAAGUGGUGACACUGUUCUGCUUAGCAAAUGGCCAAGUUUGAAUUUGUCUUGAUUUUAAAGUCUUAAUUGGCUUUUGGUACACUAAGAAUCUGCUGGCCCCUAAACGAGAUGCAAAGUCAUGUGUUGAAAAACCUGGAAGGGCCCUUAAAAAAGAAAACUUUGAUAUGUUGUGGGACCUUUGAACACCCUUUUGGUUGCCAAGGUGAAAGGUUGAGAUUUCAAGAGUUGGUUGGUGGCUCAAGUUCAUUCUUGAUCAAUCAAAAUGCUAAGGGUGAAUCUCUUUGUCUGCCAAAUUUUCCAUCCAUGUGAUUUUGUGGUCAUUUGUACAAAAGGGUCAUUUUUGGUUGAAUAGGUGUGCUUUUAGCUUCCUAUUGCUUGCUGCAAUGAUACUCCACAAACAAUGUGAUUAUGAUUUGUUUAGUGGCUCGAAAUCUUUGGCAACUUGUGUAGUUCUCUGCCAAAUGUUAUUAUCACUAACAAAAAUAUUCUGUACAUGUACAUGGUCUCAAUUUUAGGCCAACAUCACUUUUGAUUAGUUGAGCUACAACUAUAUUGGUUCUUACUAAUUUAAUGUAAAUUUGUAAUUUGCUCGUGUA